AUGUCACUCCUAACAAAGUCGGUCGACGUACCAGCUUUCGCCCGGACCCAACUAGCACUUCUAGACAUCGAACUGCAAAGCGAGAUCAACGAGACCAGCGGCCUAAUCUCAGGAACUAGCCCCGUUUCCCUGCAGCGCGCCGGGCUCGCCGUCACCAACCUAGUCGUCUCAUCGCAACGAACCGGCCUAGGCGGGAGGACAGUAAUCGAGCUCGCCCCGGAUGCCGCCACCUCCGGGACCGGGGAACUGCCCGAGCACGGCGUCCGCACCGGCGAUAUCGUGCUCGUCUCGGAGCAGCCUGCUGGCAGCGCUAAGAAGCGCGAGGUUAAGGACCUGGAGCGCAAAGGCGCGAGGGGCGUCGUGAUUAGGAUUAAGAGGGAUGCUAUUGCUGUUGCGGUCGAUGAGGAUAAGGAGGAUGCGGCGUCUUUUGGCGGCCGUGUCUGGCUGGUGAAGUUGGCUGAUGACGUCACGUAUCGUCGUAUGAAGCAGACUAUGGAGCGGUUGGGGGAUAUGUCAGAAUCUGAAUAUUCGACUUUCACGCGUGUGCUUUUUGGUCUUACGAGUCCGUCGCCUGUGUCGGCGGAUCUGGUCAGGGAUGCGGAGUAUGGGGAGGGUAAGAUCGAGUGGUUUGAUCCGACGUUGAAUGACUCCCAGAAGGAUGCUAUUAGGUUCGCGCUGGCAUCUAGAGAGAUAGCGUUGAUUCAUGGACCGCCUGGAACGGGCAAGACGCACACAUUGAUAGAGCUGAUCUUACAAAUGGUUAAGCGCGGCCUACGUGUGUUGGUCUGCGGGCCGUCUAACAUCUCGGUAGACAACAUUGUCGAGAGGCUCUCACCGCACAAGGUACCUAUCGUACGACUCGGGCAUCCGGCGCGCCUACUACCCUCUGUACUAAACCAUUCGCUGGAUGUACUUACACAGACCUCGGAGGCGGGCCUCAUCGUUAAGGAUGUGCGCUCUGAGAUGGAUGCCAAACAAGCCUCUAUUAAGAAGACACGCAAUGGUCGUGAGCGAAAAGCAAUAUACGCGGACCUCAAGGAACUACGGAAAGAAUACCGCGAACGCGAGCGCCGGUGUGUAGGUACGUUAGUGGGUGGGAGUAAAGUCGUCCUUGCGACGCUUCACGGCGCCGGCGGCAACCAACUGCGUGGCGAGAAAUUCGAUGUCGUGAUCAUCGACGAGGCCAGCCAAGCCCUCGAAGCACAAUGCUGGGUCCCGCUCCUAUCAGCCUCCAAGGCUGUGUGCGCCGGCGACCAUCUUCAACUACCGCCAACAGUGAAAUCAACCAACUCGAAGACGAAACCCAAGGCCGUAAAGGAAGGGAGUGAAGAGGAGAAAGACGGCGCUAUUAUUAAAGGGGCAAGCCUCGAGACUACGCUUUUCGAUAGGCUACUUAAACUUCACGGGUCGUCUAUUAAACGCAUGCUUACGACACAGUACCGUAUGCACGAGAAGGUCAUGAGGUUCCCUUCGGAUGAGCUAUACGAGUCGCGACUAGUAGCCGCGGAUGCGGUAAAAGAACGGUUACUACGAGGGCUGCCGUAUGAAGUGCAAGAUACCGAGGACACGAGCGAACCGGUGAUUUUCAUAGAUACCCAAGGAGGGGAUUAUCCGGAGAAGAACGAGGAAGAGGAAGAUAGGGAGGGUAAAGAUGGGAAAGGGGGCGGGAAGAAGGGAAGCAUCAGGUCCUUAUUUGGGGAAAGCAAGAGCAAUGAGAUGGAGGCUGCGCUCGUCAAGCAGCAUGUCAAGAAGCUAGUCGAGGCGGGCGUUAGACCGGAGGAUAUUGCCGUCGUUACGCCAUAUAAUGCUCAGUUGGGCCUACUAGCCCCCUUGAAGGAAGCCUUUCCUAGGAUCGAACUCGGCUCCGUAGAUGGAUUCCAAGGCCGGGAGAAGGAGGCCGUGAUUGUGAGUCUGGUUCGGAGCAACGCCGAAGGAGAAGUAGGCUUCCUCAGCGAGAAGCGUCGUUUAAAUGUUGCUAUGACGAGGCCUAAACGCUCGCUAGUCGUCGUGGGCGACUCUGAGACCGUCCGAAGGGGCAGCAAAUUCCUCAACAACUGGAUGGACUGGCUAGAAAACAACGCUGAUCUCCGUUACGUCGAUGCGGCUUCGAUAGAGGCAUAA